AACUAAAAAGAGUUUAUGUGAUUGCUAACAUACGCAUUGAUGCUGUUGUUUUUUUUUUUUGUUUAUCACAAGAGUGAAGAGUGGACGAUACCAAUUCCCUUAUCCACACAUUUUCUGCCUCAAAAAAUCUAAUCUUAAAAGUUAAAAUAAAUGAAUAAUAGAAAAAAUAUUGUAACAGUCUUUUCUCUCCUCCAGUGCCACCAUCAAGAAGUAACAAUGGCUGAAGCUUUCACAAGUUUCACAUUCACAAAUCUUCAUAUCCCUUCUUCCUCCAGUCACUCGCCUAAGCAGAUUUCAGGACCAAAACAUGGAUAUUCGCUAUCUAUGAAAGUUAAUGAGAAGAGGGAAAAGAAUUUGAUGAGAGGAAGCUUAUGUGUAAGAAAGGCAUUGCCACAUGAUUUGCCAUUAAUGGCAGUGAUGGUUCAACAAAUAGAAGGAAUGCGUGAUAUCAUUACAGAGAAACACGUGUGGCAUCUAAGUGAUAAAGCUAUCAAGAAUGUCUAUAUGUUCUACAUCAUGUUCACUUGUUGGGGAUGUUUGUACUUCGGUUCCGCAAAAGAUCCAUUCUAUGACUCGGAGGAGUACCGUGGAGAUGGAGGGGAUGGAACUGGAUAUUGGGUCUAUGAAACUCAAGAAGACAUAGAAGAGAAAGCAAGAGCAGAGCUAUGGCGUGAAGAACUUAUUGAAGAAAUUGAACAGAAAGUUGGUGGCUUAAGAGAGCUUGAAGAAGCUGUUACUAAGUAGAAAACUAACUUGUAAAUCAUAAAUCUAAUUCACAUACACAUAUAUUUUGUCUUAUAUGAGUCAUACAACAUUAUAUAUAUAUAUAUAUAUAUUAUAUGUUAUGUGUUUCUUUGUUGUGUUCUGGAUCAUUGAACGAUCAUGUUAGGAGCAAUUGUCUCCAUCAGAUU